AUGUGCCCUCAAGUUUUGUCGAUUAUACAACUGAGCAAUGAUGGAUUUGAGAUCCCCAAGAUUUCUGCUGAUGAGCCCAUUGGGUCAAUGAUCCGGAAGCUUUCGAAGUACAUCAUUCAAGCGAUUCCAGAUACACCAUAUAGUUUUGACCAGAUGCGGGGAACAGCAGCAGGGUCCCCUUUAAAGAAACUAGCAAUAUCUCUGGCUGAUGAAGUACAUAACCCUGCUCUUAUCAAAGCUCUAAUGGAUAUCAUUGAAUAUAUGCUCGAUGAACUUCCGGACACAUGGACCCUGCCAACAUCUGAAGUUGGUAUCCAAAGCUAUGCUGAAGAACCAUUCAGCACGCAAAAAGCAGACUCAAGUCAAGAUGACUAUGAAUGCAGACCACUGUUAUAUCACGCUAGACCUUUUUCGCGUCUUUUUGGUUAUGGAACAAGGACCGUUAAGAAUUCGCAGCGAAGCAGCUAUAACACCGGUGCAAACCCUUCGGGAUCUGAAUUCGAAUCCGACGAAUAUGGCAUAUUUGCCGGUUUUAACGCUCUGGAAAUCGCGAUAAUUGCAAACGCAAAGAAGUUCGUAUCGCAGACAGUGGUCCAGAAAGUAGUCAAUGGGAUGUGGACGGGAGAAAUUAUAUUGUGGGAUACUUUGAGCGUUCAUUCAAAGAGAAAAGCACAGCUGUUCCACAAAAGAAUGACCGAUCCAUAUUGCCGAUUACGGGUCCCAGUCUAUCGCAAAACCCUCGAGGCUGUGUUUUUCUUGUCAUUUAUAGCUUUGUACUACUAUGUUCUGAUGGCUAGGGACCCUCUGCGAAUCAGCCCCGUCGAAAUAUUGCUGGUCUGCUCCUUGAUGAGCCUGAAUUCUUACUUUGGUAGCUUGACGAAGGCCCUCCUAAAGUUUCUCCCUGUGGUCGCGAUCCUGUAUAUUGGCUUUCUCACCACUUUCACGAUGUUAGCACGGGAUCGAUUGACAUUGCUGGAGAUGUCAUGGAUUUUAGUCAAAGCCUUCUUUGGGUUGGAUGCACGUGGAUUUAUUUCGCCUCUUUUCGGCUAUCCUCUUAUGUUGGUAUUCGUCUGCAUGACGAACAUUCUCUUGAUAUCUGCGGUUACGAGGUUAAUGAGCUUGAGCCUAACAGAGAUUAUGGCCCAUGCUCGAGAGGAAUAUCUCUUCCAUAAGACUGACAUCGUUUGCUGCAAGAACCUGAUACCGCUUUUCUGCAUUCGCCCUCUCCGGCUAUUCUUAUCAAAUGAAUCGAUCCGCCGAGUCCGUAUAGUCCUGUUGAAGGUAACUCACUCGCCAUUUGUGGGCAUCAUUCUUGCAUAUGAAAGUAGUAGACGCUAUGUCACUCGGAAGAACCUCCCUUCAGUGGCAACUUCGUCAUCUCUUUCCCUUGCGGUAAGUCAAAAAAGAAUUACGGCGCACAAAGUGUCACUGUGUCGUCCUCAAGACUUUUCUCGCCCUGCGCCUUUGCCGGUGAGAGAAAGGGUGCCUACGACUCCCAGCCAUUCCCUAAGUGGAGGAGAUCCGGGACCGACCGCGGGCCCAGUUCGUCUGGCGGAUGUGGUCCAAACUAUGGAUGGCCUACGCAGCCAAAUCGAACAGUUAGCUGCAGCUAUUUCUUCCAACAAGGGCCAUUGA